CUGCGGCCCCAGCGUGCCCUCCCGGCCGCGCGGCUCCAGAGUGCCGAAGCCCCCCCCCCCGAAGCCCCCGCCCCCCCCGUCCGGCAUGGGCGCCGACGUGAGCCCGUGGGCCCCCGGCGACGCGGCGCCCCCGGGCGGCGCUCGCCAGGACCUCUUCCGGGACCCGCUGGAGGGCCCCGCGCUGGCGUCGGAGUGGCGCUGGGCCCGCGAGGAGCUCGCCGACUGGCUCCUCGGCUCCGGCGGCCUGGAGCUCGCGGCCCGGCCGGGCGGCCUGCCCGAGCCAGGGCUGCAGGCCUCCCCUCUGCUGCUGCGGCCCCUGGCGGGCGCCAGCGGCUGCGAGGUGGUGCUGCUGAUGCCGCCCGCGGCCGGCGGCGGCGGCCUCCAGGCGGGGCUCGUCUGGCACCUCGACGACAGCAACUACGUGAGCCUCGUCGUGGAGUGCUGCCUCGCGGGCUGCGCGUGGGGCAACGCCGCGCCCGAGCUGCGGCCCUCCGUCGGCCUCUGCGUGCUCGGCGCGGGUGCCCCCGGCCUGGCCGCGCGCUUCUCCGACUUCGCCGGCAGCACCGCGCCGCCCGC